UCCAUUAAAAUUCACCAAAUCCAAAAUCAAACCCAGAAGUAUAGGGUUCCUAGCUACUUCUUAUCAGGAUCAGAGCUUUAGUUUUUCAGACUUUUGACCUUCCUAAAAUUAGAUAAUUUAGGAAACAGUGAAAAAAAUCCCUAUUUUUUUUUUGUUUAUCUGCAACUGAAGAGCUAAAACAAGGGAAUUAAUUUCCUGUCACUUCGUCUGUCUACGCUCGUCAUCUGCAGCAAAUCGCACUCUGUAAUAUCUACGGUCUUGUACUCGCUUGAUUGUGCUUGUUGUUGUUGAGAUGAAUGGCUCUAGCUUAAUGAUUGUGGAAGGAAGUUGUGCUGAUAUUCAAAUUGUACAUGGAUUUGGGUUUGGAGGGGAAUGUUAAUUCGUGAAGAGGUUUUUCGAUGAAUGAGGUCUGUAGUACCUGGGUUUUGAACAUCCAUGACUAAUUCAGAGCAAGGUGUGGAAAACAAUACAGCAUCCUCUUUAAUAGAACAGCUUGCAAGAGCUUUAAAUGAGCUGGAAUCCCUCAAGAAUGCAUCUGAGGACCGAGUUCAGUGGAUGGAAAUUGAACUUCACUUCCGCAAUCUUGAUGCAACAUUAAAGAAAAAAUUUGAAGUGUUAGAAGCUAGGGAAAGAGAGUACAUGGAGAAAGAAGCUGAAACUCAUGCACUGCUUGCUGAAAGAGAGGCAGCCGUUGUUGCUAAAGAGCAAGAAUUCUUAGAUCGAGUGCAGGAACUAAAGGAUGCUGCUGUUGCUGUCAUUGCAGAGGCACGAGCUAAUCACCAGCCAACUAUGUCUGAGUCAAUUGAUGGUGGUGACAACAAAGACAACAAGGUAAGCAGCUCUAUUGGUGACAUAAAUUCCCCAGAGGACUCUCCUCCUAAAAUGGGUGAAAAUGCUGAAACUGUGGCUGUUGGCAUUAAGCCAAGUCCAGAGCUGACGCAAUUUUGCGAGCAGAUGGAUGCGAAAGGGCUACUGGCUUUUACUAUGGAGAACCAAAAAAUUCUAUAUGCCAUUCGUGAUAAACUUUCUGUUGCACUAGAAAGUGCAAAUGAACCAGCACGUUUGGUGUUGGAUUCACUGGAGGCAUUUUAUCCUCCUUCCGAAACCACUCAAUCCAUGGAUAAAAAGGACGCUGCCCUUCAGGGCAUGCGCAAAUCCUGUAUUAUGUUUAUGGAAGCCUUGGCUGCCUUGUUGGCCAGAAUUGACCCAGGUGCUGAUCACCUUCUAAACCCUGAAAUAAAGCAGCAAGCCAAGGCAAUUGCUGAUGAGUGGAAGCCUAAGUUGGCUAGUGCAGGCAUUGAUGCUACCAAUGGAAAUUCAUUGGAAGCAGACGCUUUCUUGCAGCUUCUCUCUACUUUUAGAAUUGCUUCGGAGUUUGAUGAAGAAGAACUCUGCAAGCUUGUCCUUGUAGUUGCUCGCCGCAGGCUAGCACCUGAACUCUGCCGUUCUCUUGGGUUAACACACAAAAUGCCAGGUGUGGUUGAGUCAUUGAUUAACUGUGGGAAACAAAUUGAAGCUGUACGAUUUAUUCAUGCAUUCCAGCUUGCUGAAAGUUUUUCUCCUGUUCCUCUACUAAAGACAUACUUGAAGGAUUCCAGGAGAAACUCCCAAGGAAAGGGUGGAAACCCUGGUGGUGGACAGGGUGAUGCAAACGCUCAAGAGCUUGCAGCGCUGAAGGCUGUUAUUCGGUGUGUUGAAGAGUAUAAGCUUGAAGCUGACUACCCACUUGACCCACUUCGGAAAAGGGUUGCUCAGUUGGUGAAGUCAAAGUCUGAUAAGAAGAGGAAUGGGGAUUUUGGCAAAUAUCAUCAGUCAAAGAAGCCAAGAGCUAAUGGAGGAUAUCGAGGAUUUCGUGGAGGUGCUCCCCCUGGCCCUGCUACUGGGAGACAAGCUCCACCUGUUUUUGCCGAGAGGAUACCAUAUACAGGAAUGCCAGAAAGGUAUCCUCAUGCUGGACCAAAUCCUUAUGAUUAUCAAGUUCCUGGGCAGUCCGGUUUUGGCCAGCCAGCUACUGAUCAAAGAAUGUACUACUAUCCUCAGAAUGAGAGAGUUACUACUGGGUCUGGGUCGUAUGAUGCAGCUCCUUCUAAUUACGGCAAUUAUAUGGGUACUGGAAUGCGAUCCUCCCACCAGCCAUACAUGUAAAAAAGUCUUGAAUGCUAGUUUUGUAAGAAAGCUUGUUAGAGAUGCUGUCCAUUGUAGCGGAGUAUCACAUUCUCAUGGUUAUGUGAGCAAUGCCGCUUGUUAACGAUGUAGUGCUAGCUUGAAAUGAAACUCUCAACCAUGUAAGAAUUGCUUCUGUUGUAUUCAUUCAAUACCUGCAUUGAACAGAAGGCCGCAUCUCAUUCUUGGUACUCGCUAGAGUAUAAGGAAGUUGCAAAGAGAAAUUUUGUAAAAAAUCCAAUCCUGUUGAGUUCAGUUCAGUUCAGUCAUUUGAGUA